CAUUCCUCACCCACCUAGUGGAUUCAUUAGCACUGGGAUCUGGGGAGACCAUUACCUUUCAGUAUAUACAUAUUUCUACCUAGAAAAAGAAAAUGAGGACUGUUGAUGGUCAUUUCUAGCUGGGAAACCUGGAGGAGUAAAUGGCCUAGAGUAAGGAAAGGCUAAGGCCUGGUGAUGUUUUUGGUACAAUGGACACAUUUUGAGAGUACUUCCUGAAGGAAAGUAUGGUCAAGCUCAAGCAUGACUAAUAUUGAGAAAAUAUUGGAAGACAUAAAUCGAGAUCCUCGAGUCAUAGUUGCAGCUCAUCGGACUUGGGAUCCAGAUCUUGAGAAGAAGACACUGAAAACAAACGAGAAGAUAUGUGAGAAUCUUCAUAUGAUUGCCAAUGAUCCAUCACUAGCAUUCUAUCGGCUCCAAGAACAUGUUGGGAAGUCCCUGCCUCCCAUGAUCGAGAAGCGCAAACAGGUCUAUCAUAUACAGUCAGACCUCCAAGGGGCUACUUUUGAUGCUGAUUAUGCUGUUGGGAGUGUGAGGGGAAUGCUUGGUGCAUCUUCCAGCUUCUCCAACAUCCAGGAGCUGCUACGAAAUGCUAUUUUUUUCCACCAACAGGAUCGCUAUGUGAGGACACGAAGGAGACAGCAACAGCAACAACAGCCUAGGCCACGUUCUCUAUCCCAAGAAAGGCCUUCACAGGCAAGUGGUCGGACUGGGAUCUACAACCGUCUCUCUCAACUCUCAUUGGAGCUGGAUCUCCCCGAUUUUGCGAGUGACUUCAGACAUCGUGCAUCUCAGGCUCUUGCACAGGCUAGCAACAUCACCCAUCCUCAGUCUCAACAUGACUCCCAUUGAUCUCAAUUUGUGUAAUCUCAAAUGUGAAGUGAAAAUCCUAUUGUAGUUGAUAUAACUGUUUUCCAGUAUAAAUUUUGAUUAUUUAUGACAGUCAAUAAAUCCCCCUCUUCAGUUUCUUGCAGUGGC